AUGCAGCCCGCCAUGAUGAUGUUCUCCAGUAAGUACUGGGCGCGGAGGGGCUUCUCGCUGGACUCGGCCCUGCCGGAGGAGCGCCCCGCCGUCGGCAGCUUCACCCUAAACAGAUCGAGUUCUGGGAAAAAUGAGGAAAAGAAAGGGAGUAAAGGAAAUGGGAAAGGUGAAUCUGUCUCUGAAGGUGGAAAGACAGCUGUGGUGUUUUCCUUGAAGAAUGAAGUUGGUGGAUUGGUGAAAGCUCUCCGACUCUUCCAGGAGAAACAUGUGAGUAUGGUUCAUAUUGAAUCACGAAAAUCGAAGAGAAGGAACUCGGAGGUGGAAAUUUUUGUGGACUGUGACUGCAGUAAGAAAGAAUUUAAUGAACUAAUCCAGUUGCUCAAGUUUCAAACUAAUAUUGUAUCUCUCAAUCCACCAGAAAACAUCUGGACUGAUGAAGAAGAUCUCGACUGUGUCCCUUGGUUCCCCAGGAAGAUAUCUGAAUUAGAUAAAUGCUCACAGAGAGUUUUGAUGUAUGGAUCUGAGCUGGAUGCAGAUCACCCUGGAUUUAAAGACAAUGUCUAUCGACAGAGAAGAAAGUACUUUGUGGAUGUUGCCAUGAGCUAUAAAUACGGUCAACCCAUUCCCAGAGUGGAGUACACUGCUGAAGAAAUUAAAACAUGGGGGGUGGUAUUUAGGGAACUCAGUAAACUCUAUCCCACCCAUGCUUGUCGUGAAUAUUUGAAAAACUUUCCUCUGCUGACCAAGUACUGUGGAUACAGAGAGGAUAAUGUGCCUCAGUUGGAAGAUGUUUCCAUUUUUCUUAAAGAAAGGUCUGGCUUCACAGUGAGACCAGUUGCUGGAUACCUAUCUCCCCGAGAUUUUUUAGCUGGCUUAGCAUAUAGAGUUUUUCACUGUACUCAGUACAUACGUCAUGGCUCAGAUCCUCUCUACACACCAGAACCGGAUACAUGCCAUGAACUCUUGGGACACGUGCCUCUGCUUGCUGAUCCCAAGUUUGCACAGUUUUCACAAGAGAUAGGACUUGCUUCACUGGGAGCAUCUGAUGAAGAUGUUCAGAAAUUAGCCACUUGCUAUUUUUUUACGAUUGAAUUUGGCCUUUGCAAGCAAGAAGGACAACUACGGGCUUAUGGGGCAGGACUUCUGUCUUCUAUUGGUGAAUUAAAGCAUGCUCUCUCUGACAAGGCCAAUGUGAAAACAUUCGAUCCAAAGACAACCUGUUUGCAAGAAUGCCUUAUCACUACUUUCCAGGAAGCUUACUUUGUUUCAGAAAGUUUUGAAGAAGCCAAAGAAAAGAUGAGGGACUUCGCCAAAUCAAUCAAUCGUCCCUUCUCUGUGUAUUUCAAUCCAUAUACACAAAGCAUUGAGAUUUUGAAGGAUACUAGGAGUAUAGAGAAUGUUGUCCAGGACCUCCGCAGCGAUCUAAACACUGUAUGUGAUGCUUUAAGCAAAAUGAACAGAUAUUUAGGGAUUUGA